AUGGGGAAGCAAAACAUUACUACCAAUACUGGGAAUCAAUCUCCUUCCGAGCAGAAAGGCAAGAUGGAGCCUCGCGGUACCAAAGAGACGGACCAUAAGCACGACGACGACAACUAUACUCGGCCCCCACGCGUUAGCUUCAGUUUCGAGCUAGAAUUCCUGGUGGCUGUGAAUCCAAGGGAAGCUGAAGCAGACGAUAGCAUCCCUGGCCUUGCGCCAGCCACUGGCCAUCAAGAUGGCGUAACAGCAGUCUUAGAAUUGCUACGAGAUCAUGAAUUCUGCGCAAUGACGGUACAAGAGAAUUCCGUCGCACAUACAAGUGAAAGGAAGGAACAUCCAUGGAUCGUCACGACAGACGGCUCAGUGGCAGAGCCUGGAACAGAGUGGAAUAACGAGGCUUAUACAUGGGAUGCGGUGGAGAUAGCAAGCCCACCGAUGUAUGCUUGUGACGAGGCAUACCAGCUCGUGUCAGUGGUUGUUAGACUUUUGACUAAUAACUUACGUGUUCGGGUCAACACUACGUGUGGUUUCCACGUUCAUGUCGGCAAUGGGCCCCAUCAGAUGGACAUGCAUGGAUCGAGAAACUACGCGGCCCUCCAGUGGGCAUCCGACCCUGUGCUAUCUACUCUCCAUUCCCCGGCGCGAAGUUUUGCUCAUUACUCCAAGUCUAUCCGGCGCUUUACUGGUGUUGAGUUGAGUCACAACGUGACUGCAGAUAUGGCACGGCGAGAAGUCCAGGGACUGAAUUUCAUACCUCGAUAUAUUUCACGGGCGAGGAAGCUCGGAGAAGAUCCUAUUGCUUCUAACGUGGCACUGAUCGGACAUAUUCGCGAAGCCCACAAGAAGGGAGACGAUGGAAUAUUCCGGAAACCUGAGUGCGAAAGUGAUGGUUCCGACUACGAGCGCGAGGACGGCAGACCUUUCGAUCGGCCAAGGAAGGCCAAAGGAGUUCGGCGAGAAGCGCGUGACAUGCCCUACGUCAGGAAUUUCAUCAGCGUGCCUUUGCUAGACGAGCAGCGAAAGAAAGCAAAGGCUGUAUCAAGGCAAGCGGAUAUCCAGUCAGCCGUUUAUGAGAUGGACUAUGACGCAGGUGAUGGCGAUGAUGACUCGCUCAGAGCAUCAAAGGUUGCUUGGAGAGGAGUCACCGAGCUUCUGGCCUGUGACGUGGGUGUACAUCAGGUCGCACAUCUCAUGUGUGACAACACGACUGCCAGUAAAUACUACAGUUAUAACUGGAAGGGCCAGUCGAUGCAUGAGAUAGCGCCCUUGGUGGGAAAGGAGACUCACGGCACUGUCGAGUCUCGGCUUGCAACCAGUAGCCUGGAUGCUGAGUGGAUUGUUAUAUGGAUUAAGAUACAAUGUCGUAUGCUCGAGUGGGCACGAGACGCGGACCCUUCGCAGCUGAUGCGUGUCAUUGGCAAACUCUCCCAGGACGAUGUAUCUCGCGAGUGCACAUACGACGUCUUGGACUUCCUUAGGGAUCUCGGUAUGUAUACCGAGCUUAAGCACUGUCAGGAACGUCUGCUCAGAGCUGAGGAGGCAUGGUUCGAGUGCACCAUGCUGCAAUUCCCGACAAGGAGAACUCGAGAGACACCUGCAGACUUCCUGAUGAUUCAGGAGAGGCUUGUGACUCAGGAGAGACUCAAGUAG